UGUCCGGAUGUGUAUAUGAUGUCCGUUCACUUGUUCCUCUAGUGCAAAGCUGGCGCACAAUGGAUAUAUCGGUGAAAUUGUUGUGUGUAUAUAUGUUUAACCGAUUUCUCUUCUCUGUGAAUGGAUCUGAAUAAACCGACGAUGCUAUUCGUAACUUUUUGGAUAAUGCUGCCUGUCCUUGAUUUAAUGCACGUCUCGCAAGCAGAUUCGAUCACACAGUCUCGAUCGGUUCGGCUAGACUGCGUCAGGGCUCACGAACAGUGUUUGGCGAAGUACGGCUGCAGCACGAAGUACCGAACCAUGAGACAGUGUGUGGCCGGGAGAGCGGGUAACUUCAGCAUGCUGGCUGAACCAGAGGCGCAAGACGAGUGCCGAAACGCCAUAGAGUCCAUGAAACAGAGUCCUCUGUACGACUGCAAGUGCAGAAGAGGAAUGAAGAAAGAGAAGAACUGUCUGCGUAUCUUCUGGAGUAUAUACCAGAGUUUACAGGCCAAUGAUUUGCUGGAGGACUCGCCAUAUGAGCCAGUAAACAGCCGUCUGUCUGAUAUUUUCCGUCUGGCUCCCAUCAUUUCAGGUGAGGCAGCCUUUACCAAGGACAACAGCUGUCUGAACGCCGCCAAGGCCUGCAACCUGAACGACACGUGUAAGAAGUACCGCUCAGCCUACAUCAACCCCUGCACGAGUAGAGUCUCUACUACGGAGGUGUGUAACAAACGCAAGUGCCACAAGGCCCUGCGGCAGUUCUUUGACAAGGUGCCACCGAAGCACAGCUACGGGAUGCUGUUCUGCUCCUGCACCUCUGGGGAUCACUCGGCUUGCUCCGAGCGCAGACGUCAGACCAUCGUUCCUGCAUGCUCCUAUGAGGACAAGGAAAUACCCAACUGUCUCUCCUUGCAAGCCUCUUGCAAGACUAAUUACAUUUGCAGGUCUCGUUUAGCAGACUUCCUCACCAACUGUCAACCUGAGACUCGCUCCAUUUCAGGGUGUCUGAAGGAAAACUAUGCCAACUGUCUGCUGGCAUAUUCAGGCCUCAUAGGUACAGUGAUGACUCCUAACUACCUGCGUGCCCCUGGCAUCAGCGUGUCACCUUGGUGUGACUGUAGCAGCAGUGGGAAUGGAAAAGCUGAAUGUGACAAGUUUACAGAAUUCUUCACCAACAAUCGUUGCCUCCGCAAUGCCAUCCAGGCAUUUGGUAAUGGCACAGAUGUUGGGGUGUGGCAACCCCAGCCACCCAUCAUGUCCAUACCAUCUGACCCUUACACUCAUCAUAGAGGGCGAGACAGGACAUCCAAUGCACAGGAUGAUUCAAAACUCACCAGUGACCUGGACACAAAUGCAGACCGUCUGUACAGCUUUUGUGGAAGUCUGCAGGCUCAGAAAGUGAAAAAGAAUGUUUCUUUGGAUGUUCUUUGUGUGGAUCCGUCGCUGUAUGACCCCAGCAGCUUAAAUGCAAUUCCACAGAGCUCAGCUAGUUCUGUCUGCUCAUUGGACUUGACUGUGAUGCUCCUUUGUCUGGUCCUCAUUCUUCAUCCUGGGCAGCUUAUAGACCCACAGACAUUAUAGCCGCUCAGCGAUCAAACCUGCUGGACUGCCACUGUCGCCUCUGUACCAUACAAAAAUGUAAUAUUGCAGUUGUUUUCCACAAGUGGUGCUGUGUGCAGUGUGGUGUUUCGGUGUGAUGAAUCUUUCUUUGGUCCGUCUACUUUUUUUUUCUCACUAAUCGGAGGUAAAGAAAAAAUGUUGAAGUAUCAGGACAUCAGUGGAUGGUCAUCUGGAUUACUUCUGUGGACAUAAUGCAAAAACUUAAGUGGCGCAUUGUGUCACAGACCUUUUCUAUAACAUCAGAGCAAGAUCUAAGGUUGGACUGCUUGAGAAUAUAGAGAUACACGGAGACAUGAGAACUUCUGACAAUGAAAGAUUGACUGCAAUUCGGCACCUGCAUACUAGGGCACUGCUGCUGGGAAUUUGCCACAGGAAAGCCUGCAAACUCUAACAGUAUUAAGUGGCAUACAAUAUUUUUGAAGGCUUAUCAGCAGAACCUGCUGCUCCUGUCGCUUAUUAGGACCUACAAAUCUAUUUUUCCUCAAAGUGGCACUGACUUCCUGCUGUGGCUCCUGUUAAGAUGAUACGGUAUGAAAAUGUUUGAACAUCAGGAUAGACAGGACACUUUAUCACAUCAAAACACAGAGAGGCAAACAUUUUUUCGGAGUUGGUGGACUCCCUUGAAUUUGUAAAUGUCUCAUCUAUUCUAGUUAUCUUCCUCUGCAGUGAAAUAUGCUCUGAGGAUGAGAGUUGAGCACCAGUUUCCUUAUGCGAGGAACUUUUGGGACUUGCCAUUCAUCUUGGAUAGUUUUUUGUAAAAAAACAUAUGUGUUUCAAUUACCAAAUUGUACUUAAAGGAAUGUUCUAGGUUAAAAGCAAGUUAAAGGGAUAGUUCACCCAAAAAGGAGAAUUCUCAUAAUUUAAUCACCCUUAUGCCAUCCCAGUUGUGUAAGACUUUCUUUCUUCUGCUGAACACAAACAGCUGAAAAUCUCUCAAUGCAAGUAAAUUGUGACCAAAACUUUAAAGCUCCAGUAAGCACAUAAAGGCAGCAUAAAAGUAAUCCAUAUGACGCCAGUGGUUUAAUGUGUCUUUUGAAGCAAUCCAGUUUGUUUUGGGUGAGAACAAACCAAAAUGUAACAACUUUUUACUGUACAUCUUGUCAUUGCAGUCUCUUGGCACAAUCAUGAUUUCAAGCUUGAUUACACUUUCUAGCACUUGACACAUGGCAUUAUAGGAAGUGUAAUCAAGCUUGAAAUUAUGAUCGCCAAGGAGACUGCUGAUGUCAAGAUUUAUUGUGAAAAAGGAUUUUGGUCCGUUCUCACCAAAAACUGAUUGCUUCAGAAAUAUCGUAUUUAAUUUUUUCCCCCCGCAAGUGGAGCUGUGCACAGUGUGGUGUUUUGGUGUGAUGAAAAUUUGUGAAUAAAACACUGGAGUCUUAUGGAUUACUUUUAUGCUUAUGUGCUUUUUGGAGCCUCAAAGUUUUGGUCAGCAUUCACUUGCAUUGUAUAUAGAUCUACAGAGAUGAGAUACUCUGCUGUAAAUCAAAGAAAAUAGGUAAUGGUGAGAGAAUUAACAUUUUUGGGUGAACUAUCCUUUUAAGCUCAAUUGACAGCAGUUGUGGCCUAAAGCCAAAAGACGUAAACAUUAUAUUGAUUGUAUCACACUAAAAUAACGUUUACAUGAAUAAUGGGGCUAUACUUUUAAAAAGUGUAUAUGGGACUGGCCUUAUUCACUUCCAUUGUAAUGGCUUCACUGUAUCCAGGAAUUUUGAUUCUUUUCUUUUCUUUUCUUUCUUUCUUCCUUCCUUUCUUCGAUAAAUGAGGUUUGAGUCAAUAAUGUUUUGUGGCAAAGAAAUUAAUACCACAAAAGCUGUCAAUUGAUCUUAACUUGCUUUGAACCUGGAACAUUUAUUUGAAGUUAAUUUGGAUAAUCUGUUGUGUAAAAUACUGUAUGACUUGGGUUUUAACAUGUGUGAUGAAACUCUGAAUUGAGUACAUGGGUUGAUAUCACAAUCCACUAUACUGUAUGUAAAUUGUGCUGUACAUUCAGUAAGGAUUGUUUCUUUUUCUCAUUUAAAGGAAAUGCUCUCCAAGUGUCAUUUCUGCAUUGGUGUUGCACUGGUUAGUUGUAUAAAGACACACACACACACACACAUGUUGUGUUUCCAUGUUUUAUGGGGACUUUCCAUAGACAUAAUGGUUUUUAUACUGUACAAACUUUAUAUUCUAUCCCCUAAACCUAACCCUACCCCUAAACCUAACCCUCACAGAAAACAUUCUGCAUUUUUACAUUUUCAAAAAACAUAAUUUAGUAUGAUUUAUAAGCUGUUUUCCUCAUGGGGACUGACAAAAUGUCCCCACAAGGUCAAAAAUUUCAGGUUUUACUAUCCUUAUGGGGACAUUUGGUCCCCACAAAGUGAUAAAUACACGCUCACACACACACACACACACACACAUACACACACAGUGCGUAGAGAACAGGGCUGUAAGACAUGCAAGAGCAAAUCAAAACUUACAUUAAACAAAUUAAAGAAAUCAUUUUAUGUCCUAUUUAUAAAAUUGUUAUUUUAAUGCAUAGCAGUAUGAUUGUAGGUUUGUGAUUAAUAUAACUGAAACAUUUUUGGGAUUCUUUUGACCACAAUCAGCCACAUAGUGGAUGUCUACUUUAUACUGAUUAGCCUCAUUCAAUUUACUGUACCAGUAGGUUUUUCAAGCUACAGUCAUACACUUUACAUUUUAACACAACAUCAAACUUCACAUAAACAGACAUAAAAAGCUGUCCUGGUUUACUGAGGUGUUUUCAUUUUGACUGAUGACUCACCAAGUCACUCACCAAUUUACAGUAGCAACCCUUUAAAAAAAACUAAAGUUG